CUUUUAAUGACAAAGAAGAAGUUGUUUGUGUGUCCAAAUGAACUAAAGUGAAAUAUUCUCAAUGUAUCAGUAGAAAUAAAGUAUCAUAUAUGAAUAAAAAUGUCAAGAAAAGAUAUUACAAUAAUUUCUUUGAUAGUUUAGUGAAGUGAGUGGCUCGAAGAUGCUUACAAGUAUCAUAAAAUAAAAAAAGUUCUUUCUUAUUCUCUUCUUUAUCGGCAUCGUUUAUCUGUCAUCAAAUAAAAAAGGGAUUACCAUACUGAAUAAGUUUUCUUUGCUCACUCAAAAUACAGAAAAAAGUGACAAACGAGCGAGAAUCUGAAGGAAGAUAAUAGGAGGAGAGAAGUUUCAUCCAUAAAAGAAUAUUGCUAUAUAGUGCCUAAACAAAUAAUGUCGCUUAAAAGAUAAACUAGAAGAAGCAAAUGAACUGAUAGAAUAGCAACAAACGAACAAGGAACCAUCACAUACAUACGUACAAGAAAAAAAGAGCUGAUUUAUUUACAGUCACUAAAGAAAAAAAAAUUGUAAAAGAUUUACGAUCCACAAGAAAUUUAUUGUUAUCACCCCAGCAGAGUAAAAAGAGCAAAAGUCAUAGUGAGCGUGUGAGACACCAACAAAAAAGCAUGGACGACAUGCAUCUCAAUCUAAGUUUAUUCGCAACGCCAUUAUAUGGCAUCAACAGUAACAGCAACAACUCACUAAACGAUGUCAUUGACUACGAUAUACUUGAUGGAACAAUUGAUGGCUAUUACUACAACUACAGUAAUCAACCCUGUCCGAGCUUCGCUCAGAAUCACACAUAUCUCAAUGUGUCGUGUGACACAACCCUCAAUUUUUCUGUCCCAUUGUUUGGUAUUAUCGCACCAUUUUUUAUUGUCAUUACUAUUAUAGCCAACUCAGCUAUCAUUGUUGUGUUGUCGAAAAAAAAUAUGCAAACACCUACAAACGCAGUUCUUUUAGGAAUGGCAAUAUGUGAUCUUUUGACAAUUCUUUUUCCUGCACCAGGCCUAAUAUACAUGUAUACACUGAGAAAUCAUGUAAAGCCUUUAGGACCGGCUAGCGUAUGCUACAUUUAUUAUUUUUUCAAUGAAACUGUUCCUUCGCUUUUUCAUACCGCAAGCAUUUGGUUAACAGUCGGUCUUGCCUUUCAACGGUAUAUUUACGUAUGCCACGCGCCUGUAGCACGAAUAUUUCUUACGAUGGAGAAAGUGAGACGAAGCAUCUUCUAUAUUGUUAUAGCGGCUGUUAUACAUCAAAGUACACGGUUCUUUGACACUGAAUUUAUAUCGAUAGAGAUGGUGUGGCAAGGCGAGAAAUACUAUGUGUGUCAUCAAACACAGGCGGAGUGGGUAGGGAGUAUUUUUGGUGAAGAUCUUUACUACACAAGCUACUACAUGUUUCGCGUAAUAUUUGUGCAUUUAUUGCCAUGCAUUUUAUUAAUUUUAUUAAAUAUACUUCUCUUCCGUGCUAUGCGAAUGGCUCAGAAAAAGCGUCAAAAGUUAUUUGAUAAAUGUUGUAAGAAAUCGAAACGAGCAAACGAUAAAAAUUGUACGACAUUUAUGCUUAUAAUUGUUGUAUCUGUGUUUCUUAUCGUGGAAAUACCUUUGGCAAUUAUAACAGUACUGCAUAUAAUUAGUUCACUAUUUAUCAACUUUUUAGACUAUCAAAUAGCUAAUUUAUGUAUAUUGUUUGCAAAUUUCUUCCUCAUCUUAUCAUAUCCUGUAAAUUUUGGCCUCUAUUGUGGUAUGAGUCGACAAUUUCGAGAAACAUUUAGAGAGAUUUUCUUCAAAAGAUCAUUAUCAGCAAAUGGAAAUAAUGUAACCACGAUAAUGGGUGGGGUUGGUAGCAGUAAGAAGCAUCAUGAGAUGUCGUCCCGCUAUUCCCUCGUAAACAUAAAUGGGCCUCGAACAAAUACAACGAAUGAAACUGUUCUAUAACUUUCCUUUCAGUUUUACAUUAAUAUGUUUGCCAUCACACCAUUCACUAUGUCACAAAUGUUCCAAAUACGCGCUUCAAUGCCAUUGUCUUUAGUGCUUAUGAAGUGAAAUUUACUUUUUUGUAUACAUAUUGUAUUAUUCUUCUUACAUAUAUCAUAAGAAGCUGUUAUUGAAACCAAGUCUGCGAGUCUAUGCAAGGAUAAUAUUCUAUGAGUUUGUUUAUAUCUUUGUGAAUGUGAAUAAACAGAAAUAAGGACUUUUUUCUCCUAUAAUUUCCAAUUCAAAUGUUAUUCUAGUUGUGUUGUAUCAUCUUGUGUAUAUCUUGCCAAUUUUAAUAUUCUGAAGAAUUAAAUAUGCAUACUUUUUGUUUAAUAGUUUUGAUAAUAGACAAGUUGUUUAUAUCCUUUCUACCUCUCAAAUCCCUGAGAUGUCACGAAUCCUAACAUAUAAACUUUUCUUCCUUAGAAAAAUUUAUAAUGAUCUGAAAGCUUUUAAGAACACUUGAUGCAUGUAGAAAAAAGAGACAAAAGUAAUAUUGCACUACCUAAAAGCUAAAUUAACAAGUGUAUUCGCGUAUAUACCAAAAUAAACAUUUUGAGUCAAUCUAUUCUUGUGAAGCAAGAUAGAUAAAUACGAAAGCAGAUUUUACAUGUUUUCCACUCUAUUCAUUUCAUUCCUAUGCAAGUUUACUAUUCCAUAAAAUGUCUAUAGAGCUAAAAACAUCAUUAUCAUCAUCGUCACUACACC